CACCACCACCAGCCCCCCAGCAGGAUGUUCAGCAAUCCGCCAUACCUGACCAACUGCAUGGACACGCAGCAGGCGGCCCGCAACCAGACAGGUUACAGCGCAGUUGCAUUCGACGGAGCCGGUAAUUACGGUCACACUCCUACACACCACAGCUCGCAGUUCUCCAACCACUCCUUCAAACACGAGGACGCUUUAACUCAGCAGAACACGAUGGGUGAGCAGCAGUAUCCUGUACCUCCUCCUGUCUAUGGGUGUCACACACCUUCAGAUAGCUGUGCGAGCAGCCAGGCUCUGCUUCUGAGGAACCCUUACAACAGCGGUGAAAAUUUAUAUCAAAUGACCUCUCAGUUGGAGUGUGUGGCAUGGAACCCUGUCAAUACACUGGCAUCCACCAUAAAGAGCCACGCAGCCAGUUAUGACAGUGACCCCAGCACCCCGAUGGUAUACAGCUGCAGCACGCAGUACCGCAUACACACACAUGGAGUCUUCAGGGGAAUACAGGUAGGAACCCACAUUACUGCUUCUCCUGCAUGGGAGAAACCCUACCAGUGUGAGUUCACAGACUGUGGCCGCAGAUUUUCGCGCUCUGACCAGCUUAAAAGACACCAGAGGAGGCACACAGGAGUAAAACCGUUCCAAUGCGAGACGUGUCAGAGAAAGUUCUCUCGGUCUGACCACCUUAAGACACACACACGGACUCAUACAGGUGAGAAGCCGUUUAACUGCCGGUGGCCUAACUGUCAGAAGAAGUUUGCCCGAAGCGACGAGCUGGUACGACACCACAAUAUGCACCAGAGGAACCUCACCAAGCUCCAGCUGUCCAUCUGAGUGUGUCUCUGCAGCCCGUUUCCAAGACUAAAAUAUUAACAUGCUAUUUUGCUUAGCCCAAAACAAAAAAGCCUCCGUGGGAGUCUUAAUCGGACAUUUAGGACUUAAAUCUUACGAGCUACACAUCACAGUCUGCACUCUGAGGGGAAAUGCAAAUCUGUUUAAAAUCAAGGAGAAUUCUGACAAAGGGGAUGUAGUCUUGGAAACUGCAGUUUCAGGAUGUUGUAUAUUACUUAGUUCAUCAGUUCAGUUGAUCUCAAGGCCAGCUCAGAUCAGCUCAUACCUUCCGCAUUCAGUUGGCGCUCUCAUUUAAGCUCUCCACUUGCAACCUACCGAUAACUGCUUCACCUUUUAUGCUGUAUCUGACUUAAGCAUCUCAUCUUCGUUCUUAAAACCUGCUGUGUGAGCAUGAAACAGGGAGGUGUCUCAGAACAGUGCCAUGCUUCUUAUAUAAAUCACUGCUGAUGGAAAUGCUAAUCUUCUUUUACUGACAUGUGUUUUUGCUUCUGUCAAGAAAUGCAAAAAAAUCCAAAAACAAAUCAUCAAUGUGUGAAAAUCGCAGCGACCUCCCCAAACACCCUCGUGCAGAGCUAGUACACUGCUAUGUCAUCUGGUAAGAUGCUACAUUGGCCGGUCAUAGUCCUGGUAGAGUACUCAAUGGUUAUUUCCCUCUGAGAUUUUUUAUCUUAAACAAAGUACUUCAAACGCACUGUUUUCACCAGCACAUCUACAUAUUUUCAUGCUCUCUCUAUAUUAUCAUUUCUGCAAUAUAUCUAUGUUACUCUGAGCUCCAAACUCACAACAUUUGGCCAUGUAUGUUUUCUUUAAGGUGGAAUAACUUCCUAAAACACCUGAGCUUUAGCAGGUUUUUCUCAAACAGCCAUACGUAGUUCUCAGACUGAUGUCUGCUGAGGAUCCGGCUCAGUAGCGAGUGUAUGAAAUUAAAUUACUAAAAAAUAAAGAAAUCUCUGUAUGUCGAUCUACGCAUAGCUUGACAGCUGCUUUCUUUGAGAAUUUACAGUGUCACGGUUGAGGUUGUUUGGAUGUUUCAGCCUCAUAUAUUAGCUAAAAGUUGCUGCCUGCUCCACUCGGUGUCUAAAGAGGAGGGCCACAUAUACAUGGCUAACAUAAAUCUAAUCCAAAGCCUCUUACCUCCAAGUUUAGCCUUCACAGUCAAGUACCAAACCCUUGCCCUAAUUCUAACUAUACCUCUAAAACUCGGACUCAGAAAAAGUGUGAACAGUGCAAAAAAUAAAAAUCCUUCAUCACACUGUUGGUCUUAAAAUGCUUCUCACAAAGAUAGCUCUAUUUUCUAUGGUUUCCAGUCACAGAUGACUUCUGUGUUUGGAGGAGGAGCUCCAACCUGCCACAGUCACACACACACGGCUUCAGCGAGUGUAUCCUUGUAGCUGUUCUCAGUAACUUCAUGGCUGUGACGCCUUUAGGGGACGUUCGUAAACUGUAGCCAUAAAAAAAUAACCCGUGUUGCACUCUCUCCAAACGGGCGCUAAUUAUGGCGCAUGCUAGUCAGUGCAAUGCUGGUAUGUUUAAUUAUUGUAGCCUAAUUAUUGUGACACAGAGGAGUAAUGUUUGAGUGCAGCCUGCUUCACCG